CUGCUUAGUAUGUUUCCUCAGUGUUCGCCUAGGCACUCAGCACAGGAAGCCUAGUGCUCAGAAAAGUCAGAAGGAGGAACCUCUCCAGCUUUGAGGAGUCAGGCGCUCAGGAGAGGAGUAGGAAGAGGGAAGAGAAAACACCACCAUUGGCUGCUGAGGAUGUGCUGGCAGACAAGAAACACUCCCCAUGACCACAGCUAGGCUGACAGCAAGAGUGUCAGCCUUGCUGACACUGGAGUGACGGAGCUGCCUGAGCCAUGAAAGCAAGAGCUGAUAUGGAGAUUGCUGGAAAGGCUGUGUGUGUUUUCAUGCUGCUCACUAUCAUCAAGCUCAGAAGAACAGAGGGAAAUAACAGAGUAUCAGCAGACCUGGGUCACAACACUGUGAUGAUCUGCCCUAACACCACAAGUAUUUCUAUGGUAACAUGGAAAAUAAGCACCAAGACUGGAGGCCUCUGCACCUUGGCAUACAGGUUUGAUCAGAAAAAGACAGACAGAACCAACUGCAGUGACAGAAUGAACUGGAGAUCCAGACCAGACUGGGACAGGGCGCUUAAGAUACAGCAAGUAGGAAUGGCUGAUGAGGGAAAUUACACCUGUGAAGUGGUAAAUGCAGAUGGGAAUUUCCACUUCCAUUAUCACCUGACUGUGCUAGCCUCCCCAAGAACGAACUUGUACUGCGAUGACCAUGGGAACCCUGUGUGCGAGGCAGAGACAGUGCAGCCAGCUGCUGAGAUCUCGUGGGUCCCAGAGAGCAACUCCACACCCAGAGCAGACAAUCAUGAUAACGGGACAGUGACUGUUCUCAGCAGGUUUGCAGCAUCUAGCACCAAUGGGAAGAAUCCUACCUGCAUUGUGUCCCACGCAACUCUGAACGAGACCAAGUCCAUAGCCUGCUCCCCAGCACACAGAAACCUUAUCCUGAAUAUAGCCAUCAUUCUCGGUUUCCUGAUCAUCAUCACCUUUGUGGCUGUCAUUUACUAUUUUAAGCUCCAUGGUUACAGAUUCUGUCACAAAACCAAACCUCCUGAUAUUAUUCCUACAUAUUCCUCACAGGAUGACACAGUGGAGGUGGAACCUUAUACUACUUACGUGCAGAAGGAAAAUGUAAUUUACAACUCAGUAUCUGAUCUGACAAUGAGGCAGAAUCUUCCACAAGGACAGUCACCAGCAACAUGAGAGAUCCAGCAACGCUGGAAAGAGAAUUUCUAUUACUAAGACCAGUCACAGAAAGAAAUUUCUCAAAGCAUUUUUCCAAAUUGGGAGGCAACAUAACUCACUAGGUCUCCUUAAAGACCUGUGUUUAUUGAUGAGUCUGCAUAGUUCUUUUUUCCCCCUUUUUUGCCUUCUUCCUUGGUAAAGGAAAAAGGUGUCCUUUUUUCCUAGGGAAAAUAUGUCUGACCUUAAGACAUAGUUUUUCCUGGAAAAAAUACGUUAUGAUUGGUUUUCCCUUUGCUGAUCUUGCAUCAGAGAUAGUAGUUUUGGUGGCCACUUCUAGGCAUUACUUUGAUACACUUGACACUAUGUUGCGUACAUCUGGGAGAUGUGAAGAGUGUUAAAGUCAAACGCUCUUCAGUUAACAGCCACUUUUUUCUAAUUGACAGAAGACUAACAUAAUGGCUCUGAGUACUGAUCAUCAUAGAACAUUUUGCCUAGCAAAAAGUAUCAGUAGGGAAGACCUUUAAUCUCCCUGUUCUGAAAAUGGAAAUGAGUCAUGAAUUUACACAUUCAUUCACUAAAAAAGAGACAUCACCAGCAUGUUGAUUUAAUUUGCUAGGUUUAUGUUCAGUAUUUCCACUAGACAUAUUCAUUUGGUAUGUCAGAUUAUUGUAAUGAUUACUUUUCCAUAAGAUUCUUUGGAGGUGGGGUUUUCUUAAAGGUAUUGGCAUUAAGAUACUGUAAAAGAAUUACAUUACUCAAAUCUGGUAAGCUAUUUUUAACAGAAACUAACAUUAAGUAUUUCACAAUGAAAAUUUCAAAUGUAUUAUCUGUAACUGUGCAAUAAUGUACUAAAAGGACAAAAUUCCUGAUAAUUGCCAUAUUUAUUUUAAAUACAACUGGAGAUCUUUUACUCAUAUGUCUAGAUCUUUUAUUAUUAUUUUUAAUAUAACUGCAAGUUCACUUUCUCGUAUGUAAAUUAGCUUGCAUAUCUUAAUGUGUUUCAUGUUAAGAUGAUUUCUUCUCAUCUUCCCAAAAUAUCUUUUCGGAAUAAAUAAAAAAAUUAUCUCUGCAUAUUAGCAGUUCUCAAGAUUUUUGGACUGAUGUCUUACUAGCUAAAGUAUGAACUGGCUUUACAGUAACAGUA